AUGGCUGCCUUACACUCAUCACCAAAUAACAUCACCACACACAAAAUCCUAUAUGCACCAUGGAGCACCACCACAACCACAACAACAACUAAUAAAGGAACCAGCUCAAAUAUCUUAUUUCCCGGCAAAAAGCCGAAAAAUAGGCCGAUCGUGAUAAGAUGCUCCGCGGUAGCUAGCUUAGAGAACAUCGAGGAAACCGAUCAUCAUCGCCAUCACGUGGAGCUGGUCCAGCAGGAAGACCCGAGGCCACUGAGCCAGAUAUGGAGAGAAAUCCAUGGGGAGAGAAACUGGGAAGGGCUGUUGGACCCGAUGAAUUCGCACCUCAGGCGGGAAAUCAUACGGUACGGUGAGAUGGCCCAGGCCUGUUACGACUCGUUCGACUUCGACCCGGGGUCGAAAUACUGUGGGGCGUGUAAGUAUCAGGGGGCCAGUUUCUUUGAGAGGUUGGGUAUGGCGGAUCGGGGCUACACCCUGACCCGGUACUUGUAUGCUACCUCCAAUAUCAACCUGCCCAAUUUUUUCCAGAAAUCUAAGAUGAGCAGCAUCUGGAGCCCGCACGCCAACUGGAUGGGCUACGUGGCAGUUGCCACCGACGAGGCCGAGAUCCGCCGGCUCGGCCGCCACGAUGGGCGCCACGAGACCACCGAGAAAAUCCCGGUCAGCGUCAUCUCGUUCGCGGGCCCGCGCGUCGGGAACUUGAAAUUCAAGGAAAGAUGCGACGAGCUAGGGGUCAAGGUGUUGCGGGUGAUAAACGUGCACGACAAGGUCCCAACCGUGCCGGGCAUCAUCACGAACGAGAAAUUCCUAUACCAAAAGUACAUCGAGGAGAAAAUGGGCUUCCCGUGGAGUUACGCGCACGUCGGGGUGGAGCUGGCGUUGGACCACGCGCGGUCACCGUAUUUGAAGAGCACGGGGGAUAUUAGAAAUUCCCAUAAUCUGGAGGCCCAUCUGCACUUGGUGGACGGGUAUCACGGGCCGGACAAGGGCUUUGUUCAGGCUUCGGGGAGGGACGUGGCCCUGGUGAACAAGAGUUGCGAUUUUUUGAAGGCGGAGUGUGGCGUACCGCCAAACUGGUGGCAGGACGAGCACAAGGGGAUGGUGAGGGGAAGGGACGGGCGGUGGGUGGUGCCCGAGCGGGAGCGGAUCGAGGCCCACCCGCCGGACACGGCCCACCUCUUUGAGCAGGUGGUCAAGCGCGUCUAUCAGUUGAGCUGCGGAUCCCUUGGGCGAUUUCAUAUUUGUGACAAACGUGAUAAAGAGGCUAGCGUGCCCGACAGACCUCGCAUUGCUUGGAAAUCACCCCGACGUCGUACGGGUUCGUCUUCAUCUCAACAGGAUGAUGUGCCAGAUAAGAGUGUCCAUGCUCAGGGAGAUGUUCCGCGUAAGAGGGCUGAUGUUGCAUCAGAUCGAGAAGUUGGCGAUGCGAAACGUUCAAAGUCAACUGCAUGUAAAGUGAGUCAGCCCGGUAGUGAUUUUAUGGAUGAGAGCACUCGUCCGCGCGUGGCUGCCAAUAAGAAUCCCCGAUAUGAUAAAGGCAAGCACAAAAUUGAUGAUACUGACAGUGCUCCCGUUACUGGUGCUGAUUCAGAUGGUGAUGACGAUGAUUGGUUCCCAAGUCUAAUUACGAGGUCAUCUUCAACUAUUUUUGUGAAGGCGGUCUCUGGUCUGACGGACGUUCAGAAGCAAGCGGUUCGCGAAAUGGGUCUCGGGCGUUUGUUGGACCUGACUAUAACCACAACCCCAUUGAAAAUGGGCUUUUGGUUAGUCAACAACUUCAAUCCCAUGGAUCGGAAGUUGCGUUUACACGACGGCGAAAAACUGCAUGUAAUGGAAGAAGAUGUUCACGCAGCAUUAGGCUUACCCCAUGGAGAUAUUGAGAUUAGCAACAAGAAAAAGAGAGUUGCAUCGGAUGUGCUCGACCAAUGGGUUGCCUUAUUCAGUGUUAGAAUUCCAUCGAACAUUACAGCGUCGAAGGUCUUUGAUAAGAUUCGUGAGUGUACUGAAGGUGACGACACGUUCAAAUGCCAUUUCAUUGUUCUCAUGGUUACCUGUCUCUUUGAGAGCUCUUCAAACGGAAUGGCGAACUUCCGUGUACUCCACAUGCUUGAAGAUCUAAUGAAUGUUCACAAUAUGAAUUGGUGCUCAUUUAUGAUUCGAUGUCUCGUUGACACAAAGAGAGCAUGGGACGCUAUAGGUGCCAGCCCAACGCGAGUCAGGAAAAUUGGUGUGGCCCCCGUUCAUGAUGGAGCUAAUGAUACCGGAGAGGUUCAUGUAUCCCAGCUAGUAGACGAUACAUUUUGGAACGACCCCGAAACAUUGUCAGUGAUAGAUUCAAUUGAGAAGGCAGUCAAGUGGCGUAACACUCUUAACGAACGUCUCAAGAGAAUGGUACGCGACGGCCCUAGUUUUAGCUUGGGUAUCUCAUCGGAUGAUGAUGAGUUCAACCAGAAUCGAACCACAUGCAGGGCUUCCCCGACUCCCAACAAAAAUCCUCAGACAACCGAGAAGUCACCUGAAGUAGUCACCCCGACUCCCAACAAAAAUCCUCAGACAUCCGAGAAGUCGCCCGAAGUAGUCACCCCGACCCCCGACAGAAAUCCUCAGACAGCCGAGAAGUCGCUCGAAGUAGUCACACAACUAGACGGUACUGGAUUGCCCAAUCAACCGACCAAUGGGGAAGAUAAUGAAUUGCAUACUAAAGGUGGCGUGUCGACUGAAGUUGAUGAUGUUCUGGCUCGAGGCGAUGACGUUCACAGGCCACAAAGGCCGAAGAGGAAAAUUAUGGCAGCUAGUGUGAUUAAAUCCCCUUUCAAAGAGAGGGUGAUUGACAUGACGAAGAAACUGGAUGUGCAAGAGAAGAUGGUUUCUAACUGGAUAUCGAAUAAUGACGCGCUUGAUGACGAUGGAAACUGUAAAGGCGGUGCUGUUACGAAGCCCGUUAUACCUCUUGUUAAGUUGUUGCAACGUUCGGUCUCGAAGUUUAUAGGCGAUAGAAGGUUGGUGAAAAAUUCCAAAGCGAUCGCAUUAGCCAUUCCUAACAUUAUUGACACACCAUGGACCGAAGGUUUCGACGAGGUAGACAUUGGGGUGAUGACGAUGCGCCACAUGAAGACAUUUAAAGGUGAUGCUGCAAAACCGUUGAACACGCAGCUGAAGAAGGCAGACAAGGGCCAGAUGAAGCUUUUUAGGAAGCAUUAUUGUUAUUUCAUUGCGUGUGCCAAGAACAACGAGUUGGCUGGCAUUAGCCUCACGGCAUCAAAGAUAUACCAUCCGGUGUAUCUUGCAACAAAGGCAUCAAACUAA